AUGUGGAGAGAAAGAGAUGGAAUAUCUAAACGUUGGCAGUUGAUAUACAAAGCCCCUAUGGACACUGCACUUAAAUAUGCAUCUUCUUACUUAACCGUAUCAACGGGUAUAAUUGGAGUCAGCGCUCUGUACUAUGCUGCUUUUGUAUUCGACAAAGCGGAUAUGUACAACCCAGUGGUAAUCGGUGACAAUGUAGUGAUAGCCAAUAGUCCAGUUGAGUGCUUAGUUUACCUAGGAUCCUUCAUUGCACUACAUAUUGCUAUAAAAGUAUUAUUAUCAAAGUAUGUUAUCAGAAUGUAUCAGGAUGGUGACGAAUAUUUGGCAGUUUUCAGAGGGAACUUCUUCAAUAGUAUAAAAACACACAAGUUUCACUUGAAAGAUUUCAAAAAGUUAAGUCCUACAUUUGUAGUCUCAUGGGGCGAUGCUAGGUUUGAUCUUGGUAAUAAGCAUGGAAUCAUAUUAGAGAACUACUUCAAAACACCUGAACAUUUUCACUACCUGUUGAAUAAGAAGAGUUCUGAAAAAGCUGAAGAUGAUUAA